AUGGCAGACCGCUACUCCUUCUCCCUCACAACUUUCUCGCCCAGCGGCAAGCUGGUGCAGAUUGAGUAUGCUCUGAAUGCUGUUAACCAGGGCAUCACUGCUCUCGGAAUCAAAGCCACCAACGGCAUCGUCCUCGCCACCGAGAAGAAGUCGUCGUCGCCGCUUGCCGACCAGAGCUCGCUCGCCAAGAUCAGCAACAUCACCCCCAACAUUGGCAUGGUCUACUCGGGCAUGGGCCCCGACUACCGCGUGCUAGUCGACCGCGCACGCAAGGUUUCGCACACGGGAUACAAGCGCAUCUACAACGAGUACCCGCCGACCCGUAUACUGGUCCAGGACGUCGCCCGCGUCAUGCAGGAGGCCACCCAGUCGGCCGGUGUCCGCCCCUACGGUGUCAGCCUCCUCGUCGCCGGAUGGGACGAGGGCAUCGAGCCCACCACCGAGUCCGAGGUUCAGGACGAUAUGGACGACGAUGACGACGAUGCCGAAAAGAAGAAGAAGACGACUAAGACGGGCGGCGUCCACAAGGGCGGUCCCAUGCUGUACCAGGUUGACCCCUCGGGCAGCUACUACCCUUGGAAGGCCACGGCCAUUGGCAAGAGCGCGACCAAGGCCAAGACAUUCCUCGAGAAGAGAUACUCGGAGGAGCUGGAGCUAGAGGACGCCAUCCACAUUGCUCUUCUCACGCUCAAGGACAACAUCGAGGGCGAGAUGAACGGGGACUCUAUCGAGAUUGGCAUCGUCGGUGAGCCGGCAGAACACCUGCUGGGGGUCGAUGGGGUCGAGGGUGCCCAAGGACCGCGGUUCAGGAAGCUGACCCCGCAGGAGAUUGAGGAUUACCUGACGAGUCUAUGA